CUUGACGGAACUGACAGUGGUACAUCUCAAGUUUCAUUAUCACUUUGCCUCAAUGCUGCCCUCAACCUCGUGAAUCCCUUUCCGCGUAAUAGCUAGCUAGCUAAUAGUCGACUCUAACCACAUAGUAACCCGAUCUUUCCUAAACAGGAUACUUGUACCAGAGAAGCCAAGCAAGGAGGUUCCUGUACCCAAGCAGCAAGAAGUUUGCCUGCGUAACUCUUGCCAAGAGAAGGUUGAUCAUAAAUUCGUGAGGACAGUUUACCCUACCGAAACAUUGGAGAAUCCAGAUUUCGCCCAAGUCAUCAUGGCACGAGAAAGCCUCCCACUUGUUUUUGCUGCAGGUGCAGUCUCUGCCGCUGUUGCCACAGUUUUUGCUUACCGCUGGAAGCUCAAUUCCUCUGAAACAGAAUUAAUUAUCAAUUUGCCGGACUGGCUUGUUUCAGUGGUCAAUACCAACAAGGACAGAGAAUUUUCUUCGGAUGAUGAAAUGAUUUCCAUGGCAGUGGCAAUAGCAUCUCAAAAUGUGUCCGAAGGUUCUGGUGGACCCUUUGGUUGUGCCAUUUUUGAGCGCGACAUCCAAACAGGCAAGGCGAAGAUAUUUUCAGUGGGGGCCAACCGUGUGGUCCCAUUGACAAAUUGCACAUUACAUGCUGAAAUGAUUGCCAUUCAAUUUGCACAAAAGAAACUCAAAAACUUUUCCAUGAAGGGAGCCAAGGAGGGGAAGGAGUAUGUAUUGUGCACUAGUUGUGAACCUUGUUGCAUGUGUCUUGGAGGGACCAUGUGGUCUGGUGUUUCAGAGUUGAUUUGCUCUGCAGCCAAAGAUGAUGCAGAAAAGAUUGGUUUUAUUGAAGGUCCGGUCUUUCCCGAAUCAUACAAACAGUUGGAAGAAAUGGGUAUGAAGGUCAAGAGGGAAGUCAAACGAAAGGAAGGGGCGGCUGUUCUAGAAAAGUAUGGUGAAACUGGAGUCAUUUACAAUGGGUAGACCAACUGCAACAAAAUGCUCAAAGAAAAAACAGACCACACCUCCCCAACCCGCACUUUGCCAAGAAGGCAUAGAAAUCAUGACAAACUGUUCUCAGUAUCAAACAAUGAACUUUGCUUAUACAGAGGUAAAAAAAGUACUGUAUUGUGAUUC